AUGUACAUUGAGGAGAAGAAGCCGCUGGAGGACAUUAUCGAGUACAUGCGGGCAUUCCACCAGUUCUCCCCGAGAGCAGAGCUUGUAGCGCGCAUCAAGCAGCUAUGGGAGAACAAUACGUCGCAGCGCGAUAUGAUUCGCAUUCUCAAUGAAGAAGGAUACGAAGUCAAGGAACGCGAAGUCAUGAGAGUACGGGCCAAAUAUAGGUGGCUACUACGGGUUCCCAAUGGCAUGAGACCUGCCACUGUCGCUACUACUACUUCUGAAACAGGCCCAGAUUCACCAGCUCCCGGCGAUGAGGCACAGCAGCUAGAGAAUGAACUGAUACGGCUUCAGAGAGACGCACACAAGCAGGUAGCAGCAACAGAUGGUAGCAAAGAGAUGCUAGAACGACCUGACGGUGUGGGUGGUGGUAUCGGUACCAGUACCAAUGCCGAUGCCCUUCAUGCUGCCUCCGAUGUGCCAGAGAACGUUGCUGCUAAGCGCAAGGAGAGACUAGAGAAGUUGAAAGCUGAAAGCGAGGAAAGAUGGGCUACCAAGAGACGUCGAAGGCGGACUCGUGAAUGGGCAGGACUACCACCAGACCCUCCCGGUCCUCCUCGCUUUCCAUCAGAGACGACAAUAGACCAGAGCAAGAAGUAUCUGAGCCUGGAUAACGACAGUUAUCGUGGAGUCCGGGAGGCAUUCCAGCGUAUAUGCGAGGAGGCCGGAUUUAUCAAGAAAACCCUUGCCGGGCCUGAGAAAUGGCAAAUGGCGAAGGAUAGGCUUAUCAAUGAGUCCACGCACCUACAGGCAGUAUUCUGGGGUGAGCCCGUCCUCCUCGAUGCAAAAGCUUUAGCCCUUGACGUCGUUUGCACUGACGUUACCAAACGGAUGCGCACCCUGGAACGACGAAUGACAAUUGCAGAGGCCAAAAAUGCACUCGGGAUAAACCCUGAGGAAAGCAGGCAGGUUAGAAACGCAUUUUACGAGGUGCUCAAGGCGAGCCAUAUCACCAGCAAGCUUGAAGCCGGCAAUGAACAGUGGAUGGAGUUAAAGGACCGGUGGAUCCGAGAAUCCGAACUCCUUCAGCAUAUCCUGAACUCCCCCGCCACAGAUAUUGAACAUGCAACGAGACUUAAGGCCGUCGAGGUGCUUUGUCGAGACGUGAUGAAAAGACUCCGAGAUGACCAGAUCAAACGUGAUUCCUCCCGAAAGAGACCGCAUCCCGGAGCCAGUACGCCAAAGCCAUCGUCUAGUCAGGAACCGCCUCCAACGUCAACAUCAUCCAGGUCUACAGUCACUUGCAUCCCGAACCGCAUCAGUACACUUGCAUCUGAAGCUCUUGCGAGUGCGCCUACCGUUCCGCCUGGCGAAGUGGAUGAUACACAGGUCAAUCCUUCUCUACUCCAAGCCGCCACAGACGGCCCUUCUUCCCGGACAGCGGACUCAAACCACGAGCCUGUCACAGCCACUGUCACUGCCGUCUCGCAUGCUCUCAGUUACAUUGACCCGAGCCUUCACGCUCCAGUGAACCCGAGGCCCUUGUACUUCCACAUACACCCACAGUCUUCUGCACCGUGUCUCGAAGACCCCGAUCCGUGGAUUGAUAAGCUCACAGUUCCGUCUGUAGCUGAAUUGCGCAGCACCAUCUUAUCCCGAAUCAAGAAUGCACAGGAGGUAGUGAAAAUUGAAGGCAUUGAUACGGCCGACCGUAGCCGUAGCCAGCAGCAUCCAGUAGUUAUUAGUGACGAUACCGAGCUCAACGCAUAUCUUGAGCGCAUGAAGGGACUCGAGGCGACCUUUAUCGUGCUGCUGCGUUGA